AUGGCAGAUCUCGCACGAGUAUCCCAGAGCCUUCUCACCUACCUCUGCCUCUGUCUCCUGCUACUAUCAUCCUCAGCUCACCUGGCGCUGGCGAUGAGCAUGGACCUCGACAACGACGACGACUUCGACAUUGAUGACAGAUUCUUUGGCGAAGUGGCACCGGCACGGCGCCUCUACGGCAACGGCUUCACCGUGCAACAAAACAGUAACACCUUCUCCAACAGGUCCGGUUCGGCCUUCUGCAGGGCUGUUGUCCCUGCAGAUACUGGACCUGUUCAACAACCAGUUCACCGGGGAGCUACCGGACUGCUGGUGGGAGAUGCAGGCUCUGCAGUUCAUGGACCUCUCAAACAACUCCUUCUCAGCGAUGCUCCAGCACUGAAAAUCCUUAGACUUAGUUCGAACAACUUCACUGGUCAAAUUCCUCUGGAGUUAUCACAGCUUUCACAACUUCAGUUGCUAGACUUGGCCCACAAUGGAUUGACAGGAUUGAUCCCAAUAGAGUUGGGAAACUUAGAAUCCAUGAAGCAUCCGAAAAUUAAUUCCAGUAUAGGAUCGCUAGAUGGGUCCACCUAUCAGGAUAGAAUUGACAUCAUCUGGAAGGGACAAGAGCUGAUAUUCCAAAGAAUACUUGAGCUAAUGACAGGCAUCGAUUUGUCAGGCAAUUCACUGUCGCACUACAUCCCUGAAGAGUUAACCAAUCUCCAAGGCCUCCGAUUUCUGAACCUGUCAAGAAACAAUAUGUCAUGUACCAUUCCUAAAAACAUUGGUAGCCUCAAAUAUCUUGAGUCCCUUGAUCUUUCCUGGAACGAACUUUCAGGACCCAUUCCUCCAGGCAUGAGUAGUUUGCAGUCCCUUAACACAUUGAAUCUCUCAAACAACCAUUUGUCAGGCAAGAUACCUACCAGGAAUCAACUUCAAACACUCAUAGACCCAUCGAUUUACGGCAACAAUCCUGACCUCUGUGGACCUCCUUUGAACAUUUCUUGCCAAGAUCCGUCACAUGCAUUUGAUGAGGGAAAUGGCGGAGAAUGCCAGGACCAAUGGCUGUACUACUGUGUGAUCGCUGGAAUUGUUUUUGGAUUCUGGCUGUGGUAUGGGAUGCUCUUUUCCAUUACGAAGUUGAGGUAUUCUGUUUUCUUGUUUGUUGAUCGCAUGCAAUACAAAAUUAUGCAAAAGGUGCGGCCUAUCAAUCAUUUUUCUUUCGAAAGAAAAGAGUGA